GAAGUGGGGUAACGUCUUUCCGCCUUCCUUCUAUGCUAGCUGGUUGACUCAGUUGGUAAACGGACCAGGACUUUUAAAGUCUGUUGUGUAGUUAGUAACAAAACGCUUGUUUGAAAUAGUGUAAAUACAAAACGUUUUCCUAAAACUUUAUUAAAAUCCAUACAACAUUAUGAAUAUACGAAACGCCAGGCCGGAGGACCUUAUGAACAUGCAGCACUGUAACCUGCUAUGUCUCCCAGAAAACUACCAGAUGAAAUACUACUUCUAUCACGGAUUGUCCUGGCCUCAGCUUUCAUACAUUGCAGAGGACGAAAAUGGUAAAAUUGUUGGAUAUGUGCUGGCAAAGAUGGAGGAAGACCCAGAUGAUGUGCCGCAUGGGCACAUUACAUCACUGGCAGUGAAGCGAUCUCACAGACGUCUCGGCCUGGCCCAGAAGUUAAUGGACCAGGCCAGCCGGGCCAUGAUAGAAAACUUCAACGCUAAAUAUGUCUCACUUCAUGUUCGCAAAAGCAACCGAGCGGCUCUUCACCUGUACUCUAACACCCUCAAGUUUCAGAUCAGUGAAGUCGAACCAAAGUAUUACGCUGAUGGAGAAGAUGCCUACGCCAUGAAGAGAGACCUGGCUCACAUGGCCGAUGAGUUUUUUUCCCAUCUUCCUCAGCUGAGGAAGCCUGGCGUCCGCGUGUCAAGUCAAGAAGCAACAUCUGGCCAGAGCCCAUCAGGCUCUGGGGAUCAAGAGAGAGAAAGCGAGAGGGACAGCGGAGGAGAAAGCAAAGAGUUGAGUGAAGUCAGCGAGGCAACGGAAAGCACAGAUGUUAAAGAUUCUUCUUCUGACUCACAAUGAUGCCACAGUUGUUGAUGUUUUUAAAGCACCUAUUUUAUUUCAGUUUGCAGCUAUUUCUGGCUUCACAAACUGGUCGUCUAAUUAUCGAAGCUGCAUCUCAUGUUUUUUUUUUUUUUUUCUUGUCUUUUCACCCUCUGAUGAACCGAGUGAGUCAAUAUGCUGUCUAAAUUAAACAAAACUUACUGUUCUAAACGUUUAACACUGGAUCGAUGAUUUCACAACAAAUGCCCUAUGAUAUCCACACAAUAAAACCGAUUGCUGGUUUAUAUAAAAAAAACAUGUUACCAACAUUUUCUUUAGUAUUUGGCAUCUUCACAGUUAUUGAGUUCAGAGAAAAAGCCUCAUUGUGAAAUACAAUAAUUUUAACACAACAGAUGAAAUGUUCAGUAGAUGCAGCGCUCCUUUUUAAUCAAAUCAUCGAUCAGAAUAAACUUUACUGUACAAAGCA